AUGUAUAAAUUAGGCGUGUUUCAGUUAUUAUUCUUGGCUGCAAUCACACAAGUAGCGCUUGCAUUAAGAGAUGGCGAGUGCGAAGUUUGUAUUAAAACUGUAGAGAAAUUCGCCGCCACGUUAUCAGAUGAUGUUAAAUCUAAUCCAAAAUCCAUUGAAGCUGAGUUCAGGCAAUUCUGCAAAGUUUCCAAAAACAAAGAGAACAGGUUUUGUUACUAUUUGGGCGGAUUAGAGGAAUCUGCUACAGGUAUCUUGGGUGAGCUGUCCAAGCCGCUCAGUUGGUCGAUGCCCGCCGACAAAAUUUGUGAAAAGUUAAAAAAGAAAGACGCUCAGAUCUGCGAUCUUAGGUUCGAUAAACAGAUAGAUCUGAAAAAUGUUGAUUUAAAGAAACUCAAAGUAAGAGAUUUAAAGAAAAUUCUCAAUGACUGGGAUGAGAAUUGUAAAUUAGCUGAAGUCUAUAGAUUAAUUAAUAGGCCAUCAAUGUGA